CGUGCGCACUCCCGCUAGGCUUGCGCAGGUUCUCUGGGCUCCCGGUUCCCCGGACCCGAGGCGGGAACCCAGGCCCUGCGCUCACCUGGAGCUGGGUUGGGCCCGCCAUGCGUUGGGAGCUGCGCCCUCGUGGGCCGGGGGCAGCGGCUCUGGCCGCGGCCCGUAGUUUGUGGGCGCCGCCCCGCCUUCCUUGUCGCCCGGGCUGGCGAGGGACGACGAGGCAGCUUUUGGUGCGGUCGGUCACCGGGGCCAGUAACCAGCUGCAGAACUCGAGUAGUGGCAGUUACCGGGACACGGUAUUGCUGCCGCAGACCAGCUUCCCCAUGAAGCUGCUGGGCCGCCAGCAGCCCGACACGGAGCUGGAGAUCCAGCAGAAAUGUGGAUUUUCAGAACUUUAUUCAUGGCAAAGAGAAAGGAAAGUAAAGACAGAAUUUUGUCUUCAUGAUGGACCUCCUUAUGCAAAUGGUGACCCUCAUGUUGGACAUGCUUUAAAUAAGAUUUUGAAAGAUAUAGCCAAUCGAUACCAUAUGAUGAAAGGUUCCAAAGUACAUUUUGUGCCAGGCUGGGAUUGUCAUGGGUUACCCAUUGAAAUAAAAGUGUUAACAGAACGUGAUGGAAAAACUCAGAAUCUUUCAGCUAUGGAAAUUAGAGAGAAAGCGAGAUCAUUUGCUAAAGCAGCAGUUGAGAAACAGAAGUCGGCAUUUAUUCGGUGGGGAAUAAUGGCAGAUUGGAAUAACUGCUACUAUACAUUUGAUGGAAGAUAUGAGGCCAGACAGUUGAGACUUUUCUACCAAAUGUAUGAUAAAGGCUUAAUUUAUCGAUCUUAUAAACCUGUGUUUUGGUCUCCCUCAUCAAGGACUGCAUUGGCUGAAGCAGAACUUGAAUACAAUCCAGAGCAUGUCAGUCGCUCAGUAUAUGUAAAAUUCCCCCUCUUGAAACCCUCUCCUAAGUUGGCAUCUCUUUUAGAUGGUUCAUCUCCUGUUAGUUUUUUAGUCUGGACCACCCAGCCUUGGACUAUUCCAGCCAAUCAGGCUGUUUGUUACAUGCCAGAAUCAAAGUAUGCUGUUGUGAAAUGUUCCAAAUCUGGAGACUUCUACAUUCUAGCUGCAGAUAAAGUAACAUCUGUUGCUUCUGUUUUGGAAACAACAUUUGAGGUUAUUUCAACAUUUUCAGGUGUAGACUUGGAAAGUGGUACUUGUACUCAUCCUUUAAUUUCUGAGAGAGAGUCUCCUCUUUUACCUGCCAAUCAUGUGACCAUGACAAAAGGAACAGGGUUGGUUCACACAGCUCCAGCUCAUGGUAUGGAAGAUUACAGUGUGGCUUCUCAACACAACUUGUCCACGGAUUGUUUGGUGAAUGAAGAUGGAGUUUUCACAGAUGCUGCAGGUCCUGAACUUCAAAACAAGGCUGUUCUUGAAGAGGGAACAGAUGUGGUUAUAAAGAUGCUUCAGGCUGCAAAGAAUUUGUUGAAAGAGAAGAAAUUGGUACACAGCUAUCCGUAUGACUGGAGGACUAAGAAACCAGUAGUUAUUCGUGCCAGCAAGCAGUGGUUUGUAAAUAUCACGGAUAUUAAGACUGCAGCCAAGGAAUUGUUAAAAAAGGUGAAAUUUAUUCCUGGGUCAGCACUGAAUGCCAUGGUUGAAAUGAUGGACAGGCGGCCGUAUUGGUGCAUAUCAAGGCAAAGAGUUUGGGGUGUCCCGAUUCCUGUGUUUCAUCAUAAGACAAAAGAUGAAAUCUUGAUCAACAGCCAAACCAUUGAGCAUAUUACUAAACUGGUGGAACAGCACGGCAGUGAUAUCUGGUGGACUCUUCCUCCUGCGCAACUUCUUCCAGAUGAAGUCUUAUCUCAGGUUGGUGGUCCUGAUGCUUUGGAAUACGUGCCAGGUCAGGAUAUUUUGGACAUCUGGUUUGAUAGUGGAACUUCAUGGUCUUAUGUUCUUCCAGGUACUGACCAAAGAGCAGAUUUGUACUUGGAAGGAAAAGACCAGCUUGGGGGUUGGUUCCAGUCUUCCUUAUUAACAAGUGUGGCAGCAAGGAAUAAAUCACCUUUUAAAACGGUGGUUGUUCAUGGAUUUACCGUCGGAGAAAAGGGAGAAAAGAUGUCCAAGUCUCUUGGGAAUGUCGUUGACCCUGAUGUUGUCAUCAAUGGAGGACAAGACCAAAGCAAAGAGCCUCCCUAUGGUGCUGAUGUCCUUCGCUGGUGGGUAGCUGAGUCCAAUGUCUUCACUGAAGUGCCAAUUAGUCCCUCUGUACUUAAUGCUGCCAGAGAUGACAUUAACAAGCUUAGGAAUACACUCCGCUUUCUUUUGGGAAAUGUGGCUGGUUUCAACCCAGAAACAGACUCCAUCCCUGUUAACAAUAUGUAUGUCUUAGACCAGUACAUGCUACACUUACUGCAGGAUUUAGCAAACAAGAUUAACGAUUCAUACAAGCAAUAUGAUUUUGGAAAAGUUGUUCGGCUUUUGCAAGCAUUUUAUACCAGAGAACUCUCUAACUUUUAUUUCAGCAUAAUCAAAGACAGGCUGUACUGUGAACGUGCCAACGACCCGCGACGACGCUCCUGUCAGACUGCCUUGGCCGAAAUUCUGGACGUGGUGGUUCGUUCCUUUGCUCCCAUUCUUCCUCACUUGGCUGAGGAGGUGUUCCAGCACGUACCUUAUGUUAAAGAACCCAAGAGUGUUUUUCGUACUGGGUGGAUUAAAACCAGCUCUAUCUGGAAGAAGCCCGGGUUGGAAGAGGCGAUAGAGAGUGCGUGUGCGAUGAGAGAUUCAUUUCUGGGAAGCAUCCCUGGCAAAAAUGCAGCCGAGCACGAGGUUAUCAUUGUGAUCGAGCCUGGACUGCUUUUUGAGAUCAUAGAGAUGCUGCAAGCUGAGGAGACGUCCAGCACCUCCCAGCUGAAUGAAUUAAUGAUGGCGUCCCAGACAACUUUGCUCUCUCAGGAACCACGAGCAAUAACUGCAGGUGCAGUUGAGCUUAAAGGGACAUUUCUCAUCAAUUUAGAAGGUGGUGAUAUUCGUGAAGAGUCUUCGUAUAAAGUACUUGUCAUGCCAACUACCAAGGAGAAAUGCCCUCGUUGUUGGAAGUACACGGCUGAGUCAUCGGAGACACUCUGUCCCCGGUGCGCGGAGGUCGUGGGAGGAAAGUAGUUCCUCGCUGUGUGCUGACGGCUGAGCGGGAACCCGCGGUGGGCCUGACUGGUGGUUCAGGUGGGCUGUUGACAACACUGGGCAGACGUCCAGGAUUCCGGUAAUGAGUGGAAGAGUAAACGGUAGAGGGUGAGGGUGAGAGUCAGAAUGACAAGCUUCUUCUGUAACUAGAUGAAACAUACUGUGUAUAUACAUGUGGAGAAUGUACAGAUGCAGGUGGAUCCACCGUGGGUUUACUCAGAACACGGACAUUGCGGUGCUUGCCUACAAAGGGGGCUGAGCACAAAGUGCUUCAUAUUUCAUAAACCUUCCUGACUCAGUAUUUACGUUCUAGAAUGUCUGAAAAUAAAGGCACCUCGAAAAUUA